AGAUGCAUUUCAUGUUGACAACGUUGAAGGUGGUGCAUGUCCUAUCUACACCGAUUCCAGAAAUUCGGGAAGAUGACACAGUUGAAAAUCUGAGACGCAGAUCAAAGUGGGAGAACGACGACUACAUAUGCAGAGGGCACAUUCUUAACGUUCACACUACACGGAUUAAAUAUGGAUGAAACAAUAUCUGUCUCAAGCAUCAUAGACAAGUUGCCUCCUUCGUGGAAAGAUUUCAAACACAAUCUGAAACAUGGAAAAGACGAACUGUCUUCGAUCCAACUUGGAAGUCACUUGCGCAUAGAAGAAUCUCUAAGAGCGCAGGAGGAUAACAAAGGAAAAGGCAAAGAAAUUGCUGGACCCUCGGUUAAUAUGAUCGAAGAGGGUGGUAGGAACGGUAACAACAAAAACAAAGGAAAGAAGCGUGCUUUCAAGGACAAUAAGGGAAGUUUCGGUGCUAACAAGAAACCGAAAUUAGAAUGCUGGAAGUGUGGUAAAACAGGCCACUUCAAGAGGGAUUGUCGCUUCGUUAAAAAGCACGAUAACGCGAAUGCAAGUGGUUCAGGAAAGGGGUCUAAGGACCAAUCCGAAAACCAAGGAUGAUGCUACCGCAUGGUGGAUUGAUUCUGGCGCCACUACACAUGUUUGCAAGGAUCGUUUCUGGUUCAAGACUUUUGU